AUGCUAGCCCAGACCAGACCGAAAAUACCUUACCACGCUCGUCUGUUGUCUGCGCGCCACCGCACCAAGAGACACACCUUUUUUCACUGUUCCUGUGGAUCCGCACCUCGAAUUGUUGCCCAAACCGCCUUUCUCUGCCCGUCACCACGCCGCCCAGGGGUGGAUGAGUCUUUGUCUUGUCUAGAAAGCCCUCUUUGCACCGGUUUGCGCGCCGCCGCGCCCACCGCUGGUUUGAUUCAGCAUCAAUCCCUCACCACCCGACGCAACACUCGCAAACCGCCAUCGGACUCUCAGGGCCGAGAUCCUUGGCCCGCAGCUCAAACCCGGCCGGGCCCCUUGCCAUACGGAUUGGUUCCUGGCCCUUAUCUUCAGGUCAACAUUCUGUAA